AUAAAUCGAAAACCCACAACAGAAAUUUUCACUCUCUCAUUUCUGUCCUCUCUCUAAAAUAGCAGCUUCGCAGUAGAAGAAGAAGAAGAAGAACAAGAACAAGAAGACACCAGCAGUAAAAGAGUUCGAGUUCUUUUUACAUUACUGAUUGAUAAGUGGCUUCUGCAAUGCACCGUGUGGGUAGCGCGGGAAACACAACCAAUUCCACUCGGCCUCGCAAAGAGAAGAGAUUAACAUAUGUGUUAAGUGAUGCUGAUGAUACAAAGCAUUGUGCAGGCAUAAAUAGUUUGGCAUUGUUGAAGACUACAGUAUUUGAUGGGUGUGAUUACCUUUUCACUGGGAGCCGUGAUGGAACACUGAAAAGAUGGGCACUGGGUGAAGAUGCUGCCACUUGCUCUGCUACAUUUGAGUCUCAUGUGGAUUGGGUCAAUGAUUGUGUACUUGCAGGAGACAAUACACUUGUUUCUUGUUCUUCAGAUACCACCCUUAAGACCUGGAAUGGCUUGUCUGAUGGAACUUGUACCAGGACUCUGCGUCAGCACUCUGACUACAUUACUUGUCUUGCUUCAGCAGGAAAAAAUAGCAAUGCUGUUGCCUCUGGGGGACUUGGAGGGGAGGUGUUCAUAUGGGAUAUCGAAGCUGCACUUUCUCCAGUUUCCAGGUCAGGCGAAGCAAUGGAAGAUGAUUCUUCAAAUGGUAUUAAUGGUUCUGGGCACCCACUACCAAUUACAAGUCUACGUACUAUCAACUCAAGCAACAAUAUAUCUGUCCAUUCUACACAAUCACAUGGAUAUGUUCCAACAGCAGCCAAAGGCCAUAAGGAGUCAGUUUAUGCAUUGGCAAUGAAUGAUAGUGGAUCACUUCUUGUCUCUGGUGGCACAGAGAAGGUUGUACGUGUUUGGGACCCAAGAAGUGGUUCAAAGACUAUGAAACUUAGAGGACAUACAGAUAACAUCAGGGCUUUGAUUCUGGAUUCUUCUGGCAGAUAUUGCUUGUCAGGAUCCUCUGAUUCAAUGAUCAGACUAUGGGAUCUUGGUCAACAGCGAUGUGUGCAUUCCUAUGCUGUGCACACAGAUUCUGUUUGGGCUCUUGCUAGUACCCCAACGUUUAGUCAUGUAUAUAGUGGUGGCAGAGACUUUUCUUUAUACUUGACUGACUUGUCAACGAGAGAGAGUCUUCUACUUUGCACUGGGGAGCAGCCUAUUUUGCAAUUGGCUUUGCAUGAUGAUAGCAUAUGGGUUGCUAGCACAGAUUCUUCAGUUACUCGGUGGCCUGCUGAAGGACAUAACCCUCAAAAAGUUUUCCAGAAAGGUGGCUCAUUUUUAGCUGGAAACUUGUCUUUCUCAAGGGCAAGGGUGUCAUUAGAAGGAUCUAGCCCUGUUCCAGUUUAUAAAGAACCACUUCUUACAAUUCCUGGAACUCCUGCAGUUGUGCAUCAUGAGAUUUUGAAUAAUAGAAGACAUGUCUUGACAAAGGAUACUGCUGGAUCAGUAAAGCUCUGGGAGAUUACUAAAGGAACUGUAAUUGAGGAUUAUGGAAAGGUUCCUUUUGAAAAGAAAAAAGAAGAACUUUUUGAAAUGGUAAGCAUUCCUGCGUGGUUCACCGUGGAUACAAGACUUGGAAGUUUGUCUAUCCAUUUGGAUACCCCACAGUGUUUUUCUGCUGAGAUGUAUUCAGCAGAUCUGAAUAUUGUGGGAAAGCCUGAGGAUGAUAAGGUUAACCUUGCACGAGAAACUCUUAAAGGACUCUUGGCUCAUUGGUUAACAAAAAGAAGACAAAGGUUUGGAAACCAAGCUUCUUCUACCAAUGGGGAGUUGCCUGGGAGGGAAAUCACUACAAGAAGUCAUGCCCAUCCAAGAAUUGAUGGAGAUUCUACUGCUGAAAAUGAUUCUGUGGUCUAUCCUCCUUUUGAAUUUUCAAUGAUAUCCCCUCCCUCCAUUAUUACUGAGGGUUCUCAGGGAGGUCCCUGGAGAAAGAAGAUUACUGAUUUAGAUGGAACUGAAGAUGACAAGGAAUUGCCGUGGUGGUGUUUGGACUGUGUCUUGAAUAAUCGCUUACCUCCUAGAGAAAAUACCAAGUGUAGUUUUUAUCUUCAGCCUUGCGAAGGUUCAACUGUUCAGAUCCUCACACAAGGAAAACUGAGUGCACCUCGGAUUUUGAGAAUUCAUAAAGUAAUAAAUUAUGUUAUUGAGAAGAUGGUUCUUGACAAGCCAUUGGAUAGUUUAAAUUCGGAUGCAACAUUUCCUCCUGGUCUUGCUGGAGGGCCAUUGCAACCUGCAACAGUUGGUGAUGGAUCUUUUCGUUCUGGAAUGAAACCCUGGCAAAAGCUUAAGCCCUCUAUAGAGAUUCUCUGCAACAAUCAGGUUUUGUCGCCAGAUAUGAGCUUAGCUACAGUGCGUGCUUAUAUAUGGAAGAAAUCUGAUGAUCUGGUUUUAAAUUAUAAGGUAUUACAAGGAAGGUGAUUCUGCAUGGCCAUGGAGUUGACCGGUGAUAAUGCUGUAAAGUUCAGGGAAAUAUUGAAUUUUUUUUCUUCUUCUGAGGACGAUGUCUCUGGAGGCUGCUAAUCCAAAAUAGAUGGGAUCCAAGUAAAUUUUAAACAAAGUACAAAUCUAGUUCAUCUUUCCUUCAAUAUGUGCUGAGAAAAGCUCCUCUAUAGCAUUUUCCUAUUUGGUGGACAAUGGAAAGUGCGUAUUGCCAAUUGGUGGAUAUUCUGCAUUGUGGAAAGAAUAUAAAGGUUUUUUCUUGUUUUACUUGUGGAUGAAGAUUGACAGAAAAGGGCUUUGGAAAUUCCCCUAGGGCCAAAUUAGAAGUAUGAUGAUGAAAAAAGAAAAAGAAAAGCACUGUAGGGGUUUAUGUUUGUGGGUUGGGUUUACAAUACAUGCAUAGCUAUAGGGUUCUCUUCUCUAUUGUGAAGGUGAGAUUUAUUUAUAUUUAAUUAAUAUAUUUUUAGAAAUAAGACAAAGAUCCCAUUUCUCUAAA